AAACGUUCUUUUUCCGGGCGCGAUUACCCACCUCUAUUCACAGGCUAAAACCCUAAACCCCGCACACGUUGCCGUGCAGCUCUCAUGGCGUCGGCGGCGACUCUGAAGAAGAACUACCGGUGUUCUCAGUCCCUGCAACAAUUCUACUCCGGCGGGCCCUUCGCCAUUUCAUCCGACGGCUCAUUCCUUGUCUGUUCAUGCGACGAGACCAUUAAAAUCGUCGAUUCUUCUAACGCCGCAAUCAAAUCAACAAUCGAAGGAGAUUCCGAGCCUGUGACUGCCCUUAUUCUCAGCCCCGACAAUAAUUUGCUCUUCUCUUCCAGCCACAGCCGCCAGAUUAGAGUGUGGGAUUUGUCCUCCCUAAAAUGCAUCCGCUCAUGGAAGGGGCAUGAAGGGCCAGUCAUGGGAAUGGCUUGCCACGCGUCAGGGGGGUUGCUGGCCACAGCAGGGGCCGACAAGAAGGUGCAAGUGUGGGAUGUUGAUGGAGGCUUUUGUACACAUUAUUUCAAGGGGCAUAAAGGGGUGGUUACUAGCAUCAUUUAUCACCCUGAGCCGAAUCGAUUGCUUCUGUUUUCCGGUGGUGAUGAUGCUAUUGUUAAGGUGUGGGAUCUUACCAGCAAAAAGUGUGUUGCAACACUAGAAAAGCAUCAGUCAGCAGUCACUUCCUUAGCAGUAUCUGAAGAUGGAUGGACAUUGCUUAGUGCUGGAAGAGAUAAGGUUGUUAAUAUAUGGAACUUGCAUGAUUACAGCUGCUCAACAACUGUACCCACAUAUGAGGCGCUGGAAGCUGUGUGCACACUUUAUUCGGCAUCCCCAUUUUCAUCAUGCUUGUCAUCAUAUGCCAAGGAAAAAGGGAAGAAGAUCAGCUCAUCUUCUAUUCAAUUUGUAACAGUUGGUGAACGUGGUAUUGUGCGGAUAUGGAAUUCGGAGGGGAUAGCAGUUAUGGCAGUGCUACAAGCUGCCAUGGCAGCCUCUAUCGCGGGAUUUCAGCCCGCCACCAUUUUCUGUCAUUCACCAAAGAUAACACUGAUGCAAGUGCAUAUAGGAUUCGGAUUUAUACGGGCAGUGCUCCUUUUUGAGCAGAAAUCUUCAGAUUUGGCUGCUAGCUCAGAAAAUGAAGAGGUUAAAAGAGGUUUCACGUCUGCAUUGAUGCUUCCAUUAGGGAAAGGACUUUUGUGUGCUACAGCUGACCAGCAGUUUCUUGUUUACGAUCUUGAGAAAAAUGCUGAUGGAGGUCUGAACUUAGGGCUCAGAAAAAGGUUGAUUGGAUACAAUGAACAGAUUAUCGAUAUAAAGUUUUUGGGUGAAGAAGAAAAGUUUAUUGCAGUCGCUACGAGUGUUGAACAGGUACGGGUGUAUGAUCUGGCAUCAAUGUCAUGUUCGUACGUAUUGACUGGCCACACUGAUGUGGUUCUAUGCCUUGACACCUGUGUGCAAAGUCCUGGAAGAACUCUAAUUGUGACAGGAAGCAAGGACAAUACUGUUAGGUUGUGGGAAUCCCACAACCAACGUUGCAUUGGAGUUGGCAUAGGUCACAUGAGUGGUAUUGGUGCUGUUGCUUUCUCACGUAAAAGCAAAAACUUCUUUGUUAGCGGCAGUAGCGAUCGUACGCUGAAGGUGUGGAGCUUAGAUGGAAUUUCUGAUGAUGCUGAAGAAGUUUCCACUUUGAAAGCAAAAGCAGUUGUGGCUGCCCAUGACAAAGACAUUAACUCGUUAGCAAUUGCUCCCAACGAUAGCCUUGUUUGCAGUGGGUCCCAGGAUCGCACAGCAUGCAUAUGGAGGCUCCCAGAUCUUGUCUCUGUUGUUGUUCUUAAAGGACAUAAAAGGGGAAUUUGGUCUGUAGAGUUUUCUCCAGUGGAUCAGUGUGUUAUUACAGCUUCGGGUGAUAAAACAGUUAAAAUUUGGGCCAUCUCUGAUGGGUCCUGUUUAAGAACAUUUGAAGGGCACACAUCAAGUGUCAUUAGAGCUUCGUUUAUUACGCGGGGGACUCAAUUUGUUUCUUGCGGUGCUGAUGGCUUGGUAAAAUUGUGGACCGUAAAAACCAAUGAAUGCGUGGCCACUUAUGAUCAGCAUGAAGACAAGAUAUGGGCGUUGGCUAUUGGGAAGCAGACAGAAAUGCUUGUAACUGGUGGUGAUGACGCCGUUAUUAAUUUGUGGCACGACUCCACAGCUGCAGAUAAAGAGGAAGAAUUUCGUAAAGAAGGGGAAGCUGCUGAGAGAGGGCAAGAACUAGAAAAUGCCGUAAAAGCUGUGGACUACCCAAGGGCUAUUCAACUAGCAUUCGAACUUCGCAGGCCCCACAAACUGUUUGAAAUAUUUAGUGAACUCUGCAGAAAGACAGAUGCUGAUGUCCAGAUGGAAAAGGCUCUUUCUCCUGUUACCAAGGAAGAGCUUCAUGUGCUUUUGGAAUACAUAAGAGAAUGGAAUUCAAAGCCCAAAUUUUGCCAUAUUGCACAAUUUGUGCUGCAUCGUGUAUUUAGCAUCUUCCCUCCUACUGAGAUCAUCGAGAUGAAGGGAAUUGGAGAACUGCUUGAAGGGCUCAUCCCAUAUUCAAGGAGACACUAUACAAGAAUAGACAGGUUAGAAAGAAGUACAUUCCUUUUGGACUAUACCCUGACUGGAAUGUCUGUGAUUGAGCCCGAAACAAGCGAGACAAAAUCGAGAGAUGAUACUUUGGGGCAGCCCAAGGUAGAAGAAGAAGAAGAGAAACACCUAAUAAAAGUAGGUGAAAUGGAGGGUGAGGAUUUGCCCAGCACAAAAGAUACGUCAAGCAAAAAGCGAAAAUCUCAUAAAUCACAUGACAGAAAACAGAAAAAAUCCAAGGUGGCUUAUGUGAGUGCUGCAGCCGUAGCAUCAGAGGCCUAAUUACAGGUAAUGUUUGUCUGUAUUUAUUAGAAAUUAUACUUUUGUUUGAAGUUGAGGUUAUAUGUUCACAAUUUUUGAGGGCUCGGCAGUUUAAUGGUGUUGUAAGGUUGAGGGAUUAUGCUCUUGAAAUUUAGCAUUUUUGAGUAAAAUUUUAACUAUUGAUGAACUUUUGUGAAAUCAAAUUUAUUUUUGUUGUUAACGUAAUAUAUAUUGCAAGG